GAGCAAAAAAAAUUUUGUUAAAAAAAUUAUAUAAUUUCUUGAACAAAAUAGUAAACAAACAAUCCCCUUCCUGAAAUCUAUUCAGUGGUGAAUAAACUGCUACAAUGUUGAAGUUUGGAAUCAAGUCAGCUGUGCUCGGUGGCGCUGUUUACUAUACGAUCGACAAAGGCAUGUGGAAGGAUAGCGCUACCACAAAUGCACUAUACGAAGAACUCGAGAAGGGGAUUUCUCCUUAUGUUGGUGAACUUAAGAAGAAAAUCCCAUAUGAGCUUCCUCCUCUACCUACGAACGACAGAGCAUCAUACCUAUUGAAGUACUACUGGAACACUGGUGUGAAAAAUACAUUCAAAUUACUCGUCGAUUUACCAACACAUGCCUCCAAUGCAACCAUCAAGGUUUACCAAUUAGUAGCAUCAACUAUGCAGGCUGCUGAACCGAGCCAAGAUGUGAAAGAUGUAGAAAAGUAAUUAAUGUGGGAUAAAUUGCUUUGAGUAUGUAUGUUUUUUUUUAUUUGAACGGUGAUAUUAAUUCAUUAAAGAAAAUUUAUUUAGUUUUUUUCUUGUUUUUAUUUAAGAUAAUUUGAAGGUCAGAUCAGGUAAACUUUCGAUGGGGAACUUAAUCCAAUUUGCUGUUUACUUUUAUCAGCAAGUUUUUAAGUUGACGAAUUUUAUGAUGAACUGUAACUUUUAUUACAUUGAAUAUAAUAAUUA